GCGCAGCAAAAGCAAAAGCGAACGGAGUACUCUCUCGAUCGGUUCCGCGCCUACCGCAAGGUAAACGCGCCAACGAAGAAAUCCGCGCCGCGACACCAUCGGAAUUUUCGAUUUUUUUUCGACGAUCGUCGCGAUGCGCGAGCUGUGAAUGUCGCGUCGCGUCCGAACGACAGGUGAGAAUUGCCGGGCUUGUAACAUUUGAAAUGUUGUACUAUGGGGUUGACCUAGAUCUGGAUUAUUUGUCGCCGAAAAAGUUUUCCUAGCGAUGGCUUGCUUCAUCGGAACGAAGAGAUCGUUUCUGCAAGGUCUUCUAUGGCUUUAUCUAUAUGGAUUCGGUUUUAUGGUCUUAUCAAUGGAACCUGGAUUUUUAGAUUUCGAUAACCUGCCGGACACAAAUUUCUCGUGCGUUGGAAAAGUCAUAGGAGGCUAUUACGCUGACCUGGAGACGAACUGUCAAAUGUUCCAUGUCUGCACUAUCGGCCAACUCGACGAACCAAUGGAUAUCAGAUUUCUGUGUCUUAAUGGAACGGUUUUCGAUCAGGAGACCCGAGUCUGCGAGAGAAUAGACGAAGUCGACUGUACGAAAUCCGAGCAAUUUUAUAGUUUAAAUUUAGAAUUAUACGGACAUAGUCAUUCAUCUAAUUUAGAAGAAAACGCAGAGACUGAACAACCCCUAAUAAUAAAAUCCACACCAUCGCCCACGACGACAACGACAACGACGCCCGCCGCCACGACGCCCCCGCCUCCGGCGCCCCGCAAACCCACCCGAACGCCGUUCUACAGCACGCCGUCUCCGGCGAACCGGCACGUCGCCGGCCACCGCCACCACUUCCCCGUGCUCGAUCCGAGCUCGUCGGACAUCCGCUUCAACCCCGAGGAGAUCAACAUCAGCCUGCACGCCGGCGCUCCGCCCGACAUCAGGACCAACAAGGCGCCGUCCGUCUCGUACUACACCAACGGCGACUUCGGCGGCACGUCGACGCCCGGGUACGGGUUCACCUACAGGCGCGACGACUCCGGCGAAUACACGGAGCCGCCGGAGAGCUUCCGCAUCCGGGCCGAGUUCGAGCCUAAUCGAGAGUAUGCUGCAGAGCUGCGCAACCAAGUACCUCGCUUCAAAUCGAGCACUUACCGCACGGACUUCUCCCCCAGCACUCCGAAACUCGCCAACUACCAGCAGAAAUCAUCCACAACAAUCAGAAAUUAUUACAUCCACUCGUUGAAACCGCCUCCGCCGCCUCCGCCGCCUCUCCAGCAAACCCGCUACGGCGAAAUCCGAACGGAAAAGAGCCCGCAGAGAGUACAACUGCCCCUUCCUUUACUGCCCACCUUGCCAUCGCUGACGUUCAGCUCCCCCGCGCCGUUCUCCCUCCAACAGCGGAUAGAACAGAAACGGUACACCAAAGACCACAUUCCCCCGCCGAGAGUGGUGAUAAGCGCGAGCGCGAGCGUCAGCGACGCCAGCGGCAGGAAGCUGAACUACUCGCUGGGCACCAUCAGGUCCGCGCAGCUCUCCAAGCCGCCUCCGAGCUCCUACGACGAGUACAAGGACGAGGACGUGCCGUUGGAUCCGUUCUAUUUGGACGUGCCCAAAGUGAGCGCGCGAACGAAGCGACAAGCCGACGAAAGUAAAAAGAUCAACUACUCCGAUAUAAUCAGAAACGACGAGGAGGCGUUGAACGUGCUCAGGUUCCUCUUCGAAUGGUACAAAAGCGAGAAAACCAAUCCCGCUCGGUACACCACCCCGUUGGACCUCGAAGGCAUAUCGUCCAUCAACCACGAGCUGGCCCCCGAAGGCCCGGCCGGCGUCGAAGAGGACGAGGUCGAUGCGAAUCACCGCGAUCGGAGCAACGAUUCGAACGCGAAGUCGAACGAGCUGGUCGACAAAAUCGAUAAACCGAUCGACGACGAUUACGUCAACGAUAACUACGAGCCCUUAACCUACAACGGUAACAAUUUCCGGAACGUUUACAGUAUUAACGAUCACAUAGGCAAUCGUAACGCCGAAGCAAAGAAGUAUUCUAGUCACCAGGACGCGGAUCUACCUCAACACUUCCACACGCAACCGCCUCUGGAGAUCGAGAACACUCUAACAACGGAUCGAACGCCAUCGACUAGAGGCAAUCGGAUAUUAUCGGAAUUUAAAGAGAAGCCCUACAGAGCUAAGGACGACUACGAUUUUCUCAGAACGAUCAACAACACACCGACGCCUAGAACGGAACUCGUCGAUGCUACAACAACUACUCGAAACGAAUUCAUUCCUACUAUCACAGAAAAUCCCGCAAUCACCACCAGCUCUGUUACUCAUAAAACUAUCGUCGAAGUCGUUACCACUAUCAUCGAAAACACACCUUCUACAACUCCCUUGCCUAGAUUCAAGCACAGAAGGGGUAAGCUGAAGUUCAAAGAUACUUCUAACGAAGAGACCGUUUAUAGGAGGAAGAAACUCGACAGAAACAGAUCUUUGGAACGACCACGUUACACCGAAAGCUUCCGAGAAAGCGAGCCUUUCUCCGAGCUGUUACAAUCCACUACCAGCUCUACUGAGGAUAUCGAUUCGUACGGAUCUCACUAUAGGAAUAGCGAAGAAGUGGAAACGUUGUACGAUGAUAUUGACGUUUCCAGUUCUUCUGAUUAUAGAAAUGAGGAAAGUGCGUCGCUGAACAGGAAAAGCAUCCAACUACUGAGGUCAGGGAUCGAUGCAGCAAUUGAAGAUUUGAAUGAGACCAGAACUACCAGAUUAUUAGAAUCUAAUUUGACUGGAAGUGAAAGUGUAGAGAAUAAUGUUGCAGAUGAAAUGUUGGAAAAUCGUGGUGAAUCGAUGAUGAUAACGCAAUCUACUGGGUUUUUGGAAACGGAGGCAACGACACCUACGACUUUUAUUGAAGAUUCUUCAAAAUUCUUGAGCACUGUUAAGUUUGAGGAUCUUGAUAUUCAGGAAAAGGAAAACGUAAGGAAUUUCAGUGUUACCCAAAAUCCAAUAAAUAAACAGGAGUCUCUGGAUUCUUCAAUUGAAUUAAUUGAUUCCGAUAAAUUUGAUGCAAAAGACCAAAAAUUGUUGCGGAAUUCUAUUAGUUCUUCCAAAGGAUUGGAUUACAAAAACGAAUUGUUGGAUGAGAAAUUUAAAGAAAAUAAACAAGGUGAAAAGCUUGCAACGAAAUUAACAAAGAAUGAAAACGAUAAUAAUUUGGAAUAUCCAGAAAAUGACAUAAAUGUAAAGAAGCAAGAAGUGGAAACUACUAAAAAUUCAUCUACAACGAAUAUUGAAGAAAACGAGGACGAUCAGAAGACAAACAGUGAAGAAGAUGAUUCCAUUGAACCUCAAUUUGAAGCCAACUCUAGUCAAAUCUUCAAUACAUCUGAAUUGACCACAAUAAUCCCAAUCGAAAAUCUACAAAAUCUACAGGAGUUUACUCAAACCCCUAAAGAAACUGAAAAUUAUAAUAAAAAUUCAACGAUUACUAACAACUCAGAACAAGACACUUCAAAAAUGGAAAAAGUCGACACAAACGAAUCCAAAAUACCUGCAAUUAAUUCUAAAGUAGGAGUAGUCAACAGAAUGGAUAUUACUACAACCUCAAACACACUAUUACCGGAAAAAAUUAAGCAUAACGAAAACUAUAUGAAUCUACAUGAACCCCUAACAACCAAGCAAAAACAAUUAAACGAGAACUAUUUAGAUGGCAAAUUCGAAACAACUACAGACGAAAUGCAAGAAAACACGACUCGUGCACCGUUGGAUCUGAUGAAAUUAAUCGAAAACAUAGAAAGCAACACCAACAGCAUAGUUAUCCCUAGCAAAAAGCAAUCUAACAUUACAGAUGAAAAAUUCAGUAUGAAAGGAAUGAAUUUAGUAAGCGUUUCUGUCGAAGAAGCAGACAUAACAACUACAGAAGCUACUACAACUAGUGAAACUUUAUCGACAACUACCGAUGGAUUGAUUAGCGAUUAUAACAAAGAAAUUAACGAUUUUAUAAGUAAAAUGGACGAGACCACCACGCAAAUUCCCACUACUUUAUUAGAAUCAACUACCGUGGAAGAAACUACUACCGAAUUCACCACACCCAAACCGAGAAGACGAGGCGGAAAUGCCACCAGGAGGCGACCAAAAUCCAAACAAACAUCGAACUACAAGCACAGGUUCAGCACCGAUUCGUUCACGAGACGACCGCCAACCCGAAAACAAACCAUAGAAGAAGAAAUAGUCGACGCAUUCAACAACAGACACCGAGAAUCGACCACGCAGAGCUACAGGUACACCGACGGGAAGAAGUUCCCCACGGAUUAUCCGCUGAGGAAGAGCCUCAAUCCCACCAGAGCGGAGAAACCGCCGGCGACGACGCCGGUGCCGAAGCGGCACUUCUUCUUCAACUGCUUCGGCAAGGCGAUAGACAAGUUCUACGCGGACCCGAGGGACUGCCGGCUGUUCCACUACUGCACGCAGGGCUACAACAAGAACCAGCUGCUGGACAUGAAGUUCGUCUGCGAUUUCAACACGUUCUUCGACGACGAGAAGCUGAUUUGCACGAAGACGUUGCCCGAGCGGUGUUCGUAAGUUAUGUUUUUUUUUUUUCGUUUUUGUGGUUUGGAAGGUGGACUUGACGAGUACGAAAAUUUGAUUGAGAAUGGAUGUGUUGUAGGUAAAAUGUAAAAUGUUGUUUUCUUUUGAAUUUUCGUGCUCGAGCCUCGAUGUUGAGAAAUUGUACAUAUUAUUGUAUAUUAUCUUUUUAUUGCGAAAAAUUGUUUACCUUUUUUAAUUGUAUCUACUAAAUUAAUGCGUUGGAGAAUUUUUGUAAUUAUUUUUUUAUUCUAAGUGGAACAGAAAUAAGAGCGUUAAUUUUUGACAUUAAAAAUCGAUAUUUUCAAUUCCAAUUUAGGUCCUGGACAUCAGCAAUUAAAAAUAGUUGCAGCUAGGACAUUUCUAAUGAUUAAAGUUUAAUAACUAGUAUUCUUUUAACUUUUUAAAAUUAAGACAUUUAUUUCUGUUACAUUCUGUGUAUAGAAUUGUUACCUACUUAUAAAAUACUCAUAGAUUAAUUUAAUAUAUUAUUAGCAAAAUAAAGAAUUUUCUACUAUUU